AGCCCCGUCCCAGCCCCUGCGCUAGCCGGCAGUCCCCUCCCUCCCUCGGCCGCGUUCAUUUCAUACCAACUCUCAUUCCUAGCAUUCCUCACUUCCUCCUUUCAAACUCCAGGGGAAAUAAAAUCCCUCCCUUUUCCUCCCAAACUCCUGCCCGGCCGCCCCCCCGCCCCGCUCGCCGCUCCGCCGGCCGCUCCGCGCUCCUCAGAAAGUCCUGGAGCUGAAGGAGGAUUUGAAGCCGGUCCCCGCUGCCCCUACGGAACCGCAGCCGCUCUUGCCCCGCUCAGAGGAACUAAGAUACUAUUGUAGUAUCCCAUAGAAUUUCCCAGCCUUCUUCCUCUGGUUCUGAGUCUGCUUCUCCACGUGGCACCUUGGAGUUUCUAGCUGGCACCAUUACCUCCAACGAGUGGAGUUCUCCCACCUCCCCUGAGGGGAGCAACGACUCGGGGGGCAGCGAGGCCUUGGACAAACCCAUUGACAAUGACGCUGAGGGGGUGUGGAGUCCGGACAUCGAGCAGAGCUUCCAGGAAGCGCUAGCCAUCUACCCACCAUGUGGUCGGCGGAAGAUUAUCUUGUCAGACGAAGGCAAGAUGUAUGGCCGAAAUGAGUUGAUUGCCCGCUAUAUUAAGCUGAGAACAGGGAAAACACGCACAAGGAAACAGGUAUCUAGUCACAUCCAGGUCCUGGCAAGGCGGAAAGCUAGAGAGAUCCAAGCCAAGCUCAAGGAUCAGGCAGCUAAAGAUAAAGCCAUGCAGAGUAUGGCUACAAUGUCAUCUGCCCAGAUUAUCUCUGCAACUGCCUUCCAUAGUAAAAUGGCCUUGCCUGGUCUUCCACGACCAGCCUACCCUGCUGUUUCUGGGUUCUGGCAAGGAGCGUUGACAGGCCAAGCUGGAUCUUCCCAAGAUGUGAAACCUUUUUCUCAACAACCUUAUGCUGUACAGCCUCCACUUCCAUUACCAGGGUUUGAGUCUCCUACCGGCCUCUCGCCUUCCCCGUCAGCACCAGCUUGGCAAGGACGAAGGGUUGCUAGCUCCAAACUUUGGAUGUUAGAAUUCUCUGCAUUCUUGGAACAACAACAAGACCAAGACACAUAUAACAAACACCUGUUUGUGCACAUUGGGCAGUCAAGCCCCAGCUACAAUGACCCCUACCUCGAGGCAGUGGAUAUCCGGCAGAUCUAUGACAAGUUCCCUGAGAAAAAAGGGGGCCUGAAGGAGCUCUUUGAAAGAGGGCCAGCUAAUGCCUUCUUCCUUGUCAAAUUCUGGGCUGAUUUGAAUACCAAUAUUGAAGAUGAAUCUAGGUCUUUCUAUGGUGUUUCCAGCCAAUAUGAGAGCCCAGAAAACAUGGUCAUUACCUGUUCCACCAAAGUGUGUUCCUUUGGAAAGCAGGUGGUAGAGAAAGUAGAGACAGAGUAUGCACGCUAUGAAAAUGGACACUAUUCCUAUCGCAUUCACCGUUCCCCUCUCUGCGAAUACAUGAUAAACUUCAUUCAUAAACUCAAGCACCUUCCUGAGAAGUAUAUGAUGAACAGUGUGCUGGAGAACUUUACCAUCUUACAGGUUGUGACAAACAGGGACACACAGGAGACCUUGCUAUGCAUAGCAUAUGUUUUUGAAGUAUCAACUAGUGACCAUGGUGCCCAACAUCACAUCUACCGGCUGGUGAAGGACUAGAGACUGUCUGCCCUGAGUUGUCCAUGGAAUGCAUGUAUAAGAAAAAAGCCUGUGCUUGAACAACCCCUGCCCCCUCAUACCAAACUGAAAAAUAAACUGCAGAUAUUGUGUAUUUUCAGAAAAGUA